UCUCCCUGCCUGUCUCUCCCCCUGCCUGUCUGUCUGUCUGUCUCCCUGCCUGUCUGUCUCUCCAGUCUCCCUGCAGACCAAAAGAGAGGUUACAGUAAUGUUUUUAACGCUCUGGCUAGAAUCACCAGAGAAGAAGGCGUCACCACCAUGUGGAGGGGUUGUAUUCCUACGAUGGCUCGAGCAGUGGUGGUGAACGCAGCUCAGCUGGCCUCGUACUCUCAGUCCAAACAGGCCCUACAGGACUCGGGGUAUUUCGGGGACGAUAUUCUGUGUCACUUCUGUGCCAGUAUGAUCAGUGGUCUGGUUACCACGGCAGCAUCGAUGCCCGUGGACAUCGUUAAGACCAGGUGAGACUCUAGACUAAUGUUAAGACCAG